AUGGCCGCUCUCGCCAGCUCCCUCAUUCGCCAGCGCAGGGAGGUCAAGGACCCCCAAGCAAACCGGCAGAUUGCCAGCAAACGCAAGCCCUGCCCAAAGAGCAACAAGUCGCUUUGCCAGAAACAAAUCCUUAUAUUAAUAUCAAAGGUUCGACUAUGUGGCAGUCGAGGGAGGAAAACGGACAAAAGACCAGAGCCCCAGCUGAAGGGCAUCGUCACCCGGCUCUACUGCAGACACGGUUUCUACCUUCAAAUGCUACCAGAUGGCACCUUGGAAGGCACAAAGGACGAAAGCAGCUCCUUUUUGCAGUUCAACUUGAUUCCUGUGGGGCUCAGGAUAGUGGCCAUCCAGAGCACCAAGACAAGGCUCUACGUUGCCAUGAACAGCGAGGGCUACCUCUAUACUUCGGAACACUUCACACCAGAGUGCAAGUUUAAGGAGUGUGUGUUUGAGAACUACUACGUCACCUACUCGUCCAUCCUGUACAGACAGACCCAGUCGGGUCGGGCCUGGUACAUUGGUAUCAACCGGGACGGACAGGUCAUGAAAGGGAACCGCGUUAAGAAGACCAAGGGAGCUGCUCACUUCCUGCCCAAACUCAUCGAAGUGGCCAUGUACAGAGAGCCCUCUCUACAUGAAGUUGCUCAGCUGGGUCCACCCAGGAAAACAGCCAAGACCUCCAAUGACUCCCCUAUGCUCCCGAACGGCAAGAAGGACCCUCAAUCCAAAACCAAAACCUCCACAUCCUAGCGCUCAGAAACAAUGGGGGGAGGAGGGGUGGAGAACAUGGGGCACUGGACACCAGCAGACACCUGAACAGGGUUGUUAGGGUUACCCCACCACCACCACCACCGGCUGCCUGCAACACUGACCCCACGAGAACUCUGUGCUGGUGUAAAGUUAAAGAAAAGCAGCAGGUCAGAGCAGAGUGGAGUUGGCCAAUGGGAAUCCCUUUUACCUUCACAGACCCCCCCCAUACACACCAGCCCUUCACCUUUUUAUUUAAUAAUCUCUGUGAGUAACAGAGCCUGUGAUAUUAAAGCAAUAACUACAUGAGGAGGUGAACAGUUGCCUAUUGUCAUAGCACGUCACCAUAAAGUUUAACCAGUUGGAAGGAAAUCCCUCACGUCUUUUUUCCUUCAUCAGCAACAUCCUUCCAGUCAGCUAAAGUUUCUCUGGUUUUACUACAACAGGAGCAAUGGUUCAAUCUGUCUCUGCAGCACAUAAAGUAUGUUACAGAUGGCUGUAUUAUUUCCCUGAAGGGUUCCAUGCUAAUGUUAGCCUGACACAGCCAUGCUGAUGUGAGGCUGUCACCGAAACCCUUGCAGACUUUUGUUCUGCAGCCAUCUGCUCAGUCCACAUCUUCUGUGUGUCAGCAACUGUGCAAGAUCGCCUGCAUACUUGUCAGCCCCGUUUGUUUGCAUUGUAUGUGUAUGUGUGCAUAUUCCCAUGUUCUUCAAUUCACCUUUGGCAUGAUUUGAUUAGUUUGAGACAUCAACUCAAUUUUCCACUCAGCGGCACAAGCAAACCCCUUCCAUCCUCUUUGGCUCUGUUAAUAGAGUCUGGGGCUGAUCAGAAUCUUUUGACCCUUAAACGAGGGGCCAAAAGCUCCCCCGGCAGACCACAUAAUCACACACUCAUUAUUACAAUGACAAGGGAGUUUUUCCUCCCCACUGUCGCCAAGUGCUUG